AUGCAAACUUUAUCAGAUUUUUUAUAUGAAUACGGUUUAGAAUUAAAACCACACCUUACAAAAAACCGGAUACUCAAAGUUCUUCAACCACUUCCUAAAGGAUUUACUUUAAUACCAUCGUUCCCACUUGCAUGUUUUCCAAAUAAUAAUGAAGUUUCAAAAAUAAGAUGUGAUCAAUGUUUAGGAAUUAAACCAUUAAAAACUUGUUCAAAAUGUCAUAAAAUUUUUUAUUGCAGUUCCGAGUGUCAAACACUUUCAUGGAAAUAUCAUCAUAAAAAACUUUGUAGUAUUUAUGCAAACGUUGAGCAAGGAACAAACGUUGAUGAUGAUAAUGACGAAAAGAUGGAAAAAGAAAUGUUGAGAAGAGUUUCAUUGAUAAUUUCAAAUUAUCUUGAAAAUCUAAAAAAAAAAGACUUUAGCAAAGUGAAAACAAUAGAUGAAAGAACACUGAUAAACAACAUACUUUGUGAGACAUUUUUGAGUUUGAUGACACAUCGUGAUGAACAACCUCAAACUAAACUUGAAAAUUAUCGAAAGACUGCAUCUAAAGUCUUUGCUGAAUUGAAGUUAACCAAUUUAUCAGAAGAUGACUUAAUCAAUUUUUUGUGCAAAUUUUAUUGCAAUAAUUUUUCUAUUCAUGAUUAUCAAAUAUUUACCUUUGGCGAUGGAACAUAUCCUAUUGGAGCAUUAAUUAAUCAUUCUUGUCGGCCAAAUUCAAUAGUUAUGUAUGAUGGUGAAGUACAACUAAUCAGGACUAUAGAGGAUAUCAGCAAAGGGGAAGAAAUCACCAUAUCAUAUAAUGAUAUUGCAAUAGAUAAAAAAUCCAGACAAAGAAUUUUGAGAGAAAAACAUUUUUUUAGAUCUGGACAAAUAAUUGAAGAAACUGAUGAUAAUAGGGAAAUUUUAAAAAACUGGUUAAUAAAUGAUACAUCUAAAGAUGAAUACGUGAAAUCUCUUGAUGAAUUCUUGACUAAUUUACCAUUGCCAGAUUCCCUGACUCAUAAUCCAUACUCGAAAUUAGCACUUUCAGUUUCAACUCAAACAUUUUUUGAAUUUAUUGAUUCACUUGAAUGGAAUAAAGCAUCAAUAAUAGGAAAAUUCAUAUUGGCUAUUUAUCUUUUGAUUUAUCCAAGAUUUCACCCAGUAAUUGGAUUGCAUUUAUUUACAUUGGGCAAAUGUAUUUGGAAUGAUUCAACCAACAACAAUGAGAAGGUAAAACAAACUGUUGAAAUAUUACAAUUAGCAAAAAGAGUAUUUGAAAUUACUCAUGGUGUAGGGGAUAAAAAUAAGGAAAUGAUUUAUGAGGUGGAUGAAUUGCUUAUAAUUGCACAAAAUGAAUUAAAAAAAAAUUAA